AUCUCCACAAUAGAUCGCUGUAGCUUUGUUGCUCAGUACCUGAAUAAGAUGCGACGAUUUAGUUGCCGUUGUGUAGCCGAUGAGAGUAGUUCACAUACUUUGAUGCUUUUUUUUCACAUUUUAACAGAAUUUUUUACGGCGACCAACCACAAAACCUACGCUUCCGACGGUGUUUUUACAAAUAAAGUCAAUGGCAUCAAAAAAAUCAUCGUUUAUUUGCAAAAACUAAAUGUCACUCGUGAUACUCGAUUUUUGUUAAAUAAGCGUCCAUUCAAGCGGCAUUUUCUUUAUAAAUUCUGUAAUUUGCGAAAGGUCAAAUAAAACUUCAAUGCUCGCUACAUAUUUAUUACCGAUUUGAUAAAUAUCAUUGAAUGACCUUCAUCACACACUUUGAAUCAUCUGUGAUAUAUUGAAUAUUUACCAAUUAAUUUGCUGACACGUUGUUUUGCAUGUUGUGAUAUUGUUUAAUUAAAUAUAAAAAAAAAUUAACCCCAUCGAGAUGAGUCAACCGAAAAUUUGCGAUAAAAAGAGCGAGAGGAAAGCCGGUCGAUUUCGUCGGAUUUUGGCACAGCUUGUAGCAACGACAGUGAAAAAUUUUCUUCUCUUCAAUUUGGGUUUGUGUUUCUCUUUGCCAACAAUUGUGAUUCCGGCGCUUACAGGGAUACAAAAUGAAUACAAUCAAGGUGAAACGCUUACAAUCACACCCGUUCAGGCGUCUUGGCUAGGUGCUCUUGCUUACCUGGUCCAACCAUUUGGAAGCAUACUAUCGGCGUUAAUCACAGAUCCACUUGGUCGAAAAAGAGCGAUGAUUCUUGUAAAUAUUCCAUUCGCAAUUGGAUGGUAUAUGUUAUAUCGUGCCACUACUGUUUGGGAAAUAUUCUUGGGUUUUGCAAUGCAAGGCUUGGCAGUUGGACUUAUGGAGGCACCUAUCGUGACCUAUUUGGGAGAAAUAUGUGAGCCUUCGGUACGUGGCGUGUUGAUCGGUUAUACAUUCAUUUUUGGUACAAUUGGAAUGUUCACAAUAUACUUGAUGAAUACGUUGAUGGCAUGGCGAACGGUGUGCUUUAUUUGUUUGUGGGUACCUGUGUUCACCGCGUUUGCAAUAUGCUUUAUCCCAGAAACAAUGCAAUGGCUAUUGUCGAAGAACCGAACUGCUGAUGCUGAAAAAAGCCUGCGCUGGCUGAGAGGAUGGGUGUCAAGUGAAGCGGUGGCGCAAGAAUUCAACGAUUUGAAGCGGCACAGUGAACUUUCGAAAUCGUGUAAUGCUUGCAUCAAACAAAAUGUGAAAUGUUCACAUCCGCUGCCGACAAUGGUGGAAAAAUUCGCCGAAUUAAAACGAAAACGAACAUUAAAGCCAUUAUUCAUUGUUAUCUCGCUAUUUUUCCUCGCACAAUUCUCCGGCAUUCUGUCAAUGAGACCAUUUAUGGUGCAAAUUUUCAAAGCAUACGAGAGCCCAGUUAAACCCGAUCAAGCCGCCACAAUUAUGUCUGUUUUGGAUAAUUUGGCCAAUAUCACAUUUAUGCUACUUGUAAAACUGACUGGCAAACGAAAAUUGUAUCUAUUUUGUUUGUGCGGUGUGUUGGCAUGUGCUGGAACGAUUACAUGGUAUGGAUACACUUAUCUUCCGCCGGGCUAUGUGUCAUUCGAUCAAGCACAUCACAAACCAUUCGAAUUGGAAAAUAAAGAUCUUGGAUACAUUCCCAUGGUUUGUUUAAUGCUGUGGUCUUACUUUGCCUUCUGUGGAUUUAAUGGUAUGCCUUGGAUGUUCUUGUCUGAAUUGUUUCCGUUCAAAUCACGUGGAAUGGCUAGCGGUGUUGCAGCGGCCACAAAUUAUGCAUUUGGAUUUUUCACCAAAAAAACGUAUUACAACUUGGAGACAACGCUGUCGUUGCCUGGUGCUUCGUUGUUGUACACAAUCAUCUGUCUAUUUGGUCUUAUAUUAACGUACAACAUUUUGCCGGAAACAGAGAAUCGCUCACUCGAAGACAUUGAACUGCAUUUUUCGGAUAAUUCAAAAAAGAUUACCGAUCGCAAAAUAGCAAAACGAGCGAAAAAUAAACAUAGAGAAAAUGGAAAUCCGGAAAAAGUAUUCGCCGUUGCGAUCAAUGACAGUGAAAAUAAGUCAAGCUAUUACAACAAAGGCUUUGAAUUGGAAAAAGUGUAAUUUUUUAUCUCUUAGGUUUUUAUUCAAUUUUAAAAUUGUAGGAGUGUUUAUGUCUUUGAGACAUUUUUAUCUUUUAUUGACAAAUUUUAGAUUUUAUUCAAUUGUGUUUAAUUUUAAUUACGAUUCCGCCCAAUCCAAUUUCAAUUGUGUGAAUAUUAGUUACCAUUUUGUUUUGAAUUUAUUUACAGUGAUCUCCAUUAACAAAAUCAAUUAGAUUGUACCAAAUAGCAUGUAUGAAAAAUAGGCGAAAAUAUUAAGAACAAAAAUAGAAGAA